AUGGCACUUCGACUGGCAGCCUCGCGCUCCAGGCGCUCCAUCCCCAGCGUCAAGAUCCACCGCGGUGGUCGUCGCUCGUACUCGUCAUCGCCCCCCAAGAGCGCGCUGGGGACGCUCGUGACCGCGUGCAGGCGCGUGUCGGCCAACGCCGAGCUGCUGUCCACGUACGAGACGGAGCUGCAGCUGUUCCCCGCCGGCCUCAACCCGGCCGCGCUCUGGUGGACGCUGGUGCAGCUGCACAUGCCCGCGCAGACGCGCGUGGAGCUGCCCGAGUUCCUGGAGGGCGCCAAGGCGGCGGCCGAGACGCAGCUCCGAGCCGUCAACUCUGCGGACUUCGCCCAGUUCGCCGCCGGUCUCACGCGCGAGUCGGUAGCGGCCGCGGAGCUCUCCGACUACUGCACGCCGCGCUUCUUCGAGAGCCUCAAGGACGCGGCGGCGCACACGCUGCGGGACCGGAACAUGACGCUAGAGCUGCAGAGCAUCGAGAUCCAGAGCGCGGUCGUGGCCUCCGUGAGGUACGCGCAGCUCACGCGCACCGAGUACGAGGCUCAGACGGCGGGGCUGGGCGUGCUCCCGCUGCUGUGGGCGCGAGACGCCUCCGUCGAGUACAUGCAGGUCCAGGUCACGACCAGGAGCCUCGAGACGACGAGGAUGACGCUCAUGGGCCAGGAGGAGUGUCUCGCGCUGCAGGACAACACGCGCACGUGGACGUUCGGCAGCAAGGUCGGCAGCGUCGACGAGCUCGACUGGCGCAUUGUCACCACGGUCGGAGCCAACAACGCCGCUAAGCAGCUCUCGCGGAAAGUGUAUGCUGAUGAAGGUGGAGAGACCAAUGAGAAGGUGGCGGUGGAAAGUGAGGAGAAGGCCUAG